UUGGAAUCAUUUCCCAAAAUGUCAUCUGUGUGGAAAUAUCAUGAAGUAUGCGAACAGGACGUGAAGAUUGCAAGCUGUAAUGUCUAUAAAGAAAAAGAUAAUCGCAAAAGAACUAUGAAGACAUUCAGCAGGACAUUUGAACGACCAUCGCCUGAGAGAACACAGGGGGUGUCCUAUGGAGAGCCAAGGAACGAAAAAAAGCCCGUUGGCACCGAUCCGUGCGGCGCGCACACAUUGAGCACAGAGAGCCGCGGCUCCGUGCGCGACAUGAGCGGGUCUGAGCGGGUGUUCUAACGGCAUGACGGCGGAUCGGAGGAGCUGCAGCUGAAGGAGGAGAGCCGGUAGAGACGCUCCAGCCCCGGAGAACCGAAGAGAGGAGCGGCGGAGAGCGAGAGGCAGAGCGCCGGGGAAUCAUGCGGGCUCCUGCGCUCCGGCUGCUGGGUCUCGUGUGGCACCUCUCUGCGCUUUUACGCACCGCACAAACGUACAAACUCCACCACAAACAAGAGAGCUUCAUCAGGCAGCUGUCAGCGUAUGAGAUCAUCACCCCGGUGCGCUUGAAUGAUUUUGGAGAGUCGUUCCCGCACCGGCUGCAUUACCGCAGGAGGAGGCGCAGCGCUGACGUGGAGGUCUCGGGUUCGAGGGCUCAUUACCGGUUUGAGGCGUUCGGUCAGGCGUUUCAACUGAAUCUCACGGCUGAUUCUGGAUUCAUUGCUCCGUCUUACACGGUGCUUCAUCUGGGAGAGGAAGAGAAGCGUGGAGACACCGCAGACCUGCGCCACUGUUUCUUCAGAGGACAUGUCAACGAUCGCAAGGAACACCACGCCGUCUUUAGCCUCUGCACUGGACUAAUCGGCACGUUCACGACGCACAGCGGUCAGUUCUUCCUGGAGCCACUGCUGAGCGCUGAUGGAUAUGAGUAUGAGGAAGAGCACAACAAACCUCACCUGCUCUACAGACACGAGUCACAUGACUCUCAGCCAUGCAGCACCUCAGAUCAUCCCGUCCAUCACAUCAGUCUCCAUAGCAACAGAACUCUGGAAGAGGAAGUGAUGUGGACACAGGAAACGAUGCGCAGGCGUGCGGCUCGUUCCGAAGGCGGCUCUCGUUCCCGCCGGAAGCGCUUUCUGUCGUAUCCGCGAUUCGUGGAGCUGAUGGUGACGGCCGACGCCAAGAUGGUGCGACAUCACGGACGCAACCUGGAGCACUACAUCCUCACAAUCAUGUCAGUAGUCGCUGCGAUCUACAGAGACCCCAGUGUAGGAAACCUCAUCAACAUCAUGAUCGUCAAACUCAUCGUCAUACACAACGAACAGGAAGGGCCGAAUAUAAACUUCUACGCCACUGCGACGCUUCAUAACUUCUGCAUGUGGCAGCAGAGUCACAACGUUCUGGACGACAGUCACCCGGGUCAUCACGACACGGCGCUGCUCAUCACCAGGGAGGACAUCUGCCGAGCCAAGGACAAGUGUGACACGUUAGGUCUGGCGGAGCUGGGGACGAUGUGUGACCCGUACCGAAGCUGCUCCAUCAGCGAGGAGAACGGCCUGAGUGCAUCCUUCACCAUCGCUCACGAGCUCGGACACGUGUUCAACAUGCCUCAUGACGACAGUCCGAAGUGCCGCGAGGCGGGAAUCAAGCAUCAGUACCACGUCAUGGCCCCGACGCUCAACUACGACACCAGCCCCUGGUCCUGGUCCAAAUGCAGCCGCAAAUACAUCACAGAUUUCCUGGACACUGGUUAUGGUGAAUGUCUCCUGGACGAGCCUUUGGUGAGGAUGUAUAACCUUCCCAGCCAGCUUCCAGGUCAACUCUACAAUGCCAACCGGCAGUGUGAACUCAUGUUCGGCCCCGGCUCCCAAGUGUGUCCGUUUAUGAAACAGUGCAAGCGUCUCUGGUGCACCAGUGCGAAGGGCGACCAUAAAGGAUGUCAUACACAGCACAUGCCGCACGCUGAUGGGACUGAAUGUGGCUAUGGCAUGAGCCAGAUUACUGUGUUACUGAGAGGAGACACAGAUACUGUCUACCGCGGUACAGGGAUGUACAGUAUCCCAUGUUAUCCUUCUGUGACCCUGAUGAUGUCACCGGAUUCAACGAAUGGUUUUGAGGUGUCUCUCCAGAGCACUGCAGAGAAGAGAGCACGCAUUGUUUGUUCCCGGACCUAUGUGGAGGGGAAAAGGAGCAGCAGUGUGCGCGAGUCGUCAGAGACCACUGCAACAUCACCUGAAGUGAAGCGCCCAUCAACGCUGGACACACCCAACAAAACACCAUGUGAGCCAAUCAACGCCCCUGAGUCGGUUGAACCUGUAGACGUAGAAGAAAGCUUCUUUGCUGGUUACAACGUUGUGGUUCGGAUUCCUGCUGGUGCGACCAACAUCGAUAUAAAACAGGUUCUGUGCGUGGGAAACCUGUAUAAUCCUGACGUCAGAUAUUCCUUCAGUAUUCCCAUCGAGGAGCAGAGAGAGCAGUUUGUGUGGGAUCUGUCAGGCCCCUGGCAGGAGUGCAGCCGCAUAUGUCAAGGUGCCACUUCUGUGAGCGGCGGCGGAAGGCCGUGUGUGUUCGUAAGAGUGAUCAUUUGGUGGUUUGACAGAGGUGUGAGAAUCUACCUGCGCGACCCAGAGGCACAACAGAGCCCUGCAAUACUGACUUCUGUGAACUCAGGUGGCACGUGGCGGGCCGGAGCGACUGUUCCAAUACACUGGAUGUUCUGUGCAUCGACAACUGGAUGCUCAGCCCUGUGCAUGCGCUUACAGCCAGAACAAGAGGCUAAGCUGAAGCAUGGAGGCCAGGAUUCUGUUCAGACCUGGCCCAACACGCAUACGCCAGAGUGGAUGUCAUGGGACCUGGUCUGCUCAAGAGCUGGCAAUGGACAGCACCUGUUCCUCAGUGAGCUGCAGUCAGGGCUAUCAGAUGCGUGCGGUCAGGUGUGCUGUUGUGUCGGGGAGGCUUACGGCGAGACAGUGGGGACGACAACGGAUGUAACGCAACGCAGCCGCCAGGACCCGAGGGACAUCGUGUUCGGUGUCAGGCGUGGAGGGGCCGGGCGGGAGCGCUUACGGGCCAGCUGUAGAGACACUCAGGGCGGCGUCGCUGAAGAGUCGUCCUGUGCUCAUCUUCCUCGUCCUCCAGACUCCUCCGUGUGUUUCAGUCCCUGCGGUCAGUGGAGGGAAGGAGAGUGGACACCAUGCUCGGUGUCGUGUGGUGUGGGUCGCUCCACGCGGCGGGUCGUGUGCAUGAGCUACCAUCAUCAGCUGGACGAGUCGUUCUGUGACCCAGACGAGCGUCCCAGUGCUGAGCAGGAGUGUGCGGCCGCCCCCUGCCAAUCCUCCUACCACUGGCCCAACAACCAGCCCCACUUCCCCUACGACCCCAGCAGCCACAGCUGGAACGUCCCGUCUGCAGACAACCAGUGGAGGACAGGGCCCUGGGGAGCCUGCUCCAGCUCGUGUGAAGGCGGGAUCCAGCGGCGGGUCGUGGUUUGUCAGGACGCAGACGGACGCAGCACCAAUCACUGCGACGAGAGAGUCAAACCUGACGAAUCCAAGAGCUGCGACUCCGGACCCUGUCCACACUGGAACCACGGCAUCUGGGGACAGGUCAGACACACAACACCUGCGCAUUCAGAGAGUUGCUUCUGGAUGACUGCGAGCGGUUUUCCUGACGGUCUGCUCUGUCUCUGUCUCUGUCUGCAGUGCUCGGUGUCCUGUGGGAAGGGAGUCAAAGAGCGGCAGAUCGUCUGCGUCGAUCAGAACCAAACCCAGAUCCAGGAGCACAGCUGCGCUCAUCUCAUCCCUCCCAGAACACAGAAGGCCUGUCGGGCCGGACCCUGCCCCUCCUGGAGAGCCAAUCGGUGGAGAGAGUGUUCGGUGAGCUGCGGUGCUGGCCUUCAGUCGCGUGAGGUCUUCUGCAGGUCAAAGGGCAAAGGUCGCGUCUCUGAUGACCUGUGUGAUGCUCGAGUACGUCCCGAUCACCUCCGCUCCUGCUUCCACAGCGACUGCCAGACGCACAGCUGGACAACACAUGACUGGAAGGAAUGUAACGUGAGCUGUGGCCGCGGCGUGAGGUCCAGAUCUGUGUUUUGUGUGGACAGCGGGAUGAAGGCAGCUCCGGACAGCAUGUGUGACGCCUCCCUCAAACCCCACACACACGAGCCGUGCCACAGCGCCACCUGCCUGUACGUCUGGAUCAGCACCCCAUGGAGUCAGUGCUCGGUGAGCUGUGGCUCUGGACUCCAGCGGCGGGCGCGGCACUGCUCUGCUGUGACCUCUGACCUCAAAACUCACUCACACACAAGCGAACCCCAAACCACCGAGAGCCCGCCGGCCGACAGCAGACCGUGUGUCCUGCCUGAGUGUCCGUCUGCGGGCCGCUGGAGCACCGGGCCGUGGAGCCAGUGCUCUCAGACGUGCGGUGCUGGAGUCAUGCACAGGACAGUCCAGUGUCUCAGCGCUCAAAACCUCCCGUCUCAGAGCUGCCCGCUGUCCAGCCAGCCGGAGACACACACCACCUGCAGACACACCGACUGUGAGCUGCACACCAGCUGUCGAGAAGUUCAGGUGAAGGGAGGCGUUCGGAAAGAUGGAGAGCAUUACAUCAAAGUCCGAUCCAAGAUCCUGCAGAUCUACUGCGCCGAGAUGCAGAGCGGUUUCCCCAAAGAGUACGUGACCCUGCGCAGCGGCCAGACCGACAAUUACUCCGAGGUGUACGGGUACAGGCUGCAGAACCCCUCUGAAUGUCCGUAUAACGGCAGUCGGCGUCUGGACUGCGCCUGCAGGAACGAUUACACUGCGGCCGGUUACACCGUCUUUCACCGCGUACGGCUCGAUCUUUCCAGCAUGCGCAUCAUCCCGACUGAUUUGAAGUUCAGUCAGACGUUGUUUGGUCGCUCCGUCCCGUUUGCUUCUGCAGGAGACUGUUACAGCGCCGCUAAAUGUCCUCAGGGUCAGUUUAGUAUAAAUCUCAGUGGAACAGGACUGAAGGUCGCAGAAUUCACUAAAUGGGUUUCCCAAGGCAACUACGGCACGGUCAAAGUUCACCGGUCAGAAGACGGCAGCAGAAUCUACGGCCGCUGCGGCGGUUACUGUGGGACGUGUCUUCCUCAAACGGGCCUUUUUGUCCAAAUCCAGUAAGAAAGACGUCCACUAAAUCAGCUUGAGAAAAACUCGUCGCGACUGAUUCAUGUGUGUUUUUUACGUCUGGCAGCUACGCUAAACAGAACAAGUACGAAACGUCCCACUUCUGCACUUUCCGAAAGUUACAAGAACCAAAUAACUGUGAGUCUCUUCACGAAUCAGGAUGGACCGGGAUGCAGAGUGGAUUCGUUUUUAUACGGAAAUGUGGGUGAAAUGAUCAUAAGACGGAUGUAGUCGCGUGUUCUUGUGAAAAUGAAUCAACAUUUGGUCAACACUGUUAAAUGUUAGAUUCAUUUAUGAACAAAUUCUGCUCGUUUGGUUGCGACAACAGCGCGUUUGAAGUCAAAAACGGUCAAAUCCUUCAGUUUUGACAGAAAGGGAUUUAUUUAACAACUUAAAAAGUGUUUCAUAAUCCAAAAGAUCUGCUCUUUUUCCAGAAGGACAUGAACUACUGCACACGUUUUGUUUGUUUUUUUCAUAUGGAGCAAAAGACUCUGACAACAGCAAGCUGCUGGAUAUGAAAACAUAAGUAACUGAAUGUUUUGUACUGUAUAUUUGAAUGUUUUGCAUCAAAGCCUGGCUUAAAAUGGGUUUGACAAUCUAGAAGAAGGUAGAAAACACUGUAAAGGAGCGCUACUGAAAUCUCUUUACCCUGACGAUCGUUUUCAGCUUCAGGUAAAAGCGUCAGCUAAAUGAAUAGAUGUCCUUAUCAGCUAGUCUGGGUAAUAUAUAUGAUAUUUUAUUAAUAUUUAAUAAUAUACUGACAUCAGUUAACAGUGCUAAAAAGAGUUCAUAACAUGAUGUUAACGUGCUUUUGUAUUUUCCACGGUUACUAAUCUGAUUCAAAGCAGAGGCAAUCAUUAACAUUUGAGCUAAAAUAAACCAGCCUAAAGUGGUUUGCUGGUUUAAGUGAUCAAAAAAAGACCAGCUAACCGCUAAAACCUGUCCUAGUUCAGGUCACAAAUUCAAUUAUUUUAGAUUGAAUUGAAUUAGUUGACACUGACGGUCAGUUUUUAUAAAGCAUUCAGAAGUUCGGGGUAGGUACGAUUUUUUUAAUGUUUCUGAAAGUCUCUUCUGCUCACCGAGGCUGCAUUUAUUUGAUCAAAAAUACAGUAAAAAUUAUGAAAUAUUAUUACAAUUUAAAAUGAUUGUUUUCUGUGUGAAUAUAUUAGCCUAAUGUAAUUUAUUCCUUUAAUGCGAAGCUGAUUUUUUACCAUCAUUACUCCAGUCUCCAUAACCAGCUAAAUCAGGUCACUAAAUCAAAUCAUGUCACAUAAAAUGGACUAAAUUAAUUAAUUUAAAGUCAGAUGAAUUAAUACAGACAUGCAUCACGUCAGUUUUAUUAGAAGGGAAGAUUAAAGUAGAUCAGAUUUAAACUGCAUAACCCUACCUCUCAUAAUCAUAACCACUCAUGCGUAUGAUUGUGUUGUGCAUUAUUUAUGUUUGACAGUAUUUAUUCUGUAACUAAAUGUACAUACGUCUCAUCUAAUCAUAAUAUUAUUAAACAUUGAUCUUUUGCCAUUUAUUAGUCAUUAACAAGAGGUUUACAGAGUAACGGUGCUGUUUUAACUACUGAAUGAGCUUUAACCAGUACUAGAGUUAGUUUUAGAGAUAUUAUGUAAAUAGCUGGAGAAUAUCUCGAGCAUAUGUAAUCAACUUAA